GGUGGAAGAAAGAGACAAAAAAAAAGGAACAAACAUGGACCGCGAUUCUAUGCAGAUUCUGACGAAGAUAGUCAUCGAUUUUCUCUGCCUUUUCGUCGUGGCAAUAUGCGUCUUGAUGUUCUAUCUUUAUGGCCAACCGUUUGAGCGGGGAUUCUUCUGCAGCGACGAGUCGUUGAAGUAUCCCUUUGGCGAGUCGACGGUCACCAGCACGAUGCUCUACUUAGUCGGACUCUUCCUUCCGAUAUGUGUGAUGAUAUGCUGCGAAUACUUGGACGCUAAGAAGAAACGGGGGCAAUCCACGAGGGUUUUUCUUGGGUACACGAUACCGCCUUGGGUGUGGAAGGCCUACUAUCACAUAGGGAUUUUCGGUUUUGGAGCUGCCUGUACGGUGUUGACAACCGACAUAGCCAAGUACACGAUCGGCCGUUUAAGGCCCCACUUUCUGACCGUUUGUAACACCAGUGCCUGCAACUUGACCAGUAACGUUGGUGUUUACGUUCAAGAUUUCACCUGCAAUCCAUUACCGAUAUACGAUGCAAGAACACUGAAGGAAGCCAGAUUAUCCUUCCCGUCAGGACACUCGUCCUUUUCUGCAUACACGAUGAUUUACCUCGUGUUGUACCUACAAUUGCGAGUUCACUGUGCGAUCAGUAAAUUGCUGAAGCAUUUACUUCAGUUCCUUUGCUUCUGGAUGGCUUGGUUCACCGCGAUGUCUCGGGUAUCAAACUACAAACACCAUUGGAGCGAUGUCCUGGCAGGAUCAACGCUCGGAAUUGCCAUGGCACUGGUCAUGGCAAAUUUCGUGGCCGGUUUCUUCAAACAAAAACGGUCUCUCGACGAUGAUCAAAACCUUCACGAAUCAGAAAACGGAACAGAAGAGACUCAGGGCGAAUCAAGUCCUUUGAGAAAUUGUGCAUCAAGAUAUGGCAGCUUACCGACGGACUCGUGAAUAAAUCGCACGACUAACAUAUUAAUUUUGUGCUCAACCGGCAUGUCUCGCAACGUCAACCAUCUCAUGUUAGUAUUUAUAAAAGUGGCGACGUUGU